AUGGAAAUGCAACUUUGGGAUCCUUGCGGCUUCUAUAUAAGCCGGACAAGUGGCGGCUUGGUGACGCUGUUACUUCGGUCCAAGUCGGCUCCGGCCCCGAAGAAGGGCUCCAAGAAGGCGGUGACCAAGGCGCAGAAGAAGGACGGCAAGAAGCGCAAGCGCAGCCGCAAGGAGAGCUACUCGGUGUACGUGUACAAGGUGCUGAAGCAGGUGCACCCCGACACCGGCAUCUCGUCCAAGGCCAUGGGCAUCAUGAACUCGUUCGUCAACGACAUCUUCGAGCGCAUCGCGGGCGAGGCGUCCCGCCUGGCGCAUUACAACAAGCGCUCGACCAUCACGUCCCGGGAGAUCCAGACGGCCGUGCGCCUGCUGCUGCCCGGGGAGCUGGCCAAGCACGCCGUGUCCGAGGGCACCAAGGCCGUCACCAAGUACACCAGCUCCAAGUGA